GCCAGCCUUAUGAACAUCGGGGCCCCGCCAUUCGCACGCCAGAGGAUCUACUGCCUACAGCCCGGACCGGCGACGGGCCGACCCAGGCCCUGUUUCACUCUGGGACCGAUCGAUCUCGAGCAUAUUCUGCAGGAUGCUCAAGGAGUGCACAAUCCGGAGUCAUCCAUGGCGCUGGGAAAGCUGCAUGCAAUCUUCGCUCGUAGAGUAUUCCAAUUUAUUUUCGCCUGCUUUAUGCAUAAGGGCUUUGACUUAGGGCCCGAUGAUCGGAUAUAGAAAUCCUGUGACGCACGAUAUUUUUCUGUCCGAAGAGGGAUUCUUCUGCUGCAAUUGUCCGAAAUGGCAUGUGAGCCGGAUGAGGCAGAAGGGCAGUAACUCAAGCCUCCGAGCUGUGCUAGGGGAGUCUGGGCGCUUUAUCCAUGAGCAUGCUGCUGGUCGAUCGUACGAGCCCACCUCAAGAGUGUGACGUGCGAUGUUCUUAUGGGCGGCCGAUCGCCAGCUUCGAAUCUACUUCAGCCGCAGAUUUUAUUAGUAUAAAACAAGGCUUGUGCUCGCCAUGUACCGCAAGUCGCACUGGCGGUAUUGAGGUUCGGGAGUCGGGCUGAAAUGAUACAGGCAGGGUGGGGGCUGUGAGAGAGCUGCUGAUGCUGUUAUAAUCCGGGCACCUCGGCCGGAGUGGUGCUCCAUCACAUCCAACAGGUAAUCAUUAUAUCACAGUCGUGAGGUUUAUCCCUACAAUACAGAGGCGGAUACAAAAGGAAAUGGUUGUUUACGUCGAUUGUUGGUAUUCGCGUGUCUUGAUUGACACAUGGGCAACCUCGUCACGUGUGCUGGGCCUUGUCCGAAGAGCGAACAUAAGCCUUCGUACUUUCGCUUUCGGAACAACCGACAGUAGUUGGCGUUGAGACGAAAAUCAGGGCUGGAAUAAUCUUGUUUAUGAAGGUUAGCUGUUCCAUUAAUGCUUCGAAAUGUUUCUGCGAAGGGUAUCCAUCACUUAUUGUAUUCCAGGCAUCCUCGGUCGCUUGGGUACUGUGGUUACGAUAAGAGAGUGUACUGUUUUGUGUGAGCGAUCAGCAUACCGCUGCUUCACUCUAGCAUGCUUCAUAACCGUCAAACAAUGUUUAAUAAAAUUAAUCCACAUCGGUCUUCCGUUUUUUUCUGUUGGGUGUUCUUGUUUCUCAUACCUGUC